AUGUUUUUUUUAGGGUAUCCUGAAAUUUCAAUUUUCGAUUCUAAAGGCAUUUUUUUAUUUUUUUAAUCAAGAGAAAUUUUGAACUUUGUUAAGGAUUUUUUUGUUUAAUCAGUGCUUUUUUGUUUAUACUAAUACUUCAAUGUCUUUCCUAAUCCUUUUUUAGAAGAAUAGACCAUUGAACCAGCUAACCCUUUCAAAAAUAUAGGGCUAGAUAUUUAUAGCUCAGGGAAAUAAGGCUAUUCUCUAAAUCUUCUACCAGGGAGUGGUUACAAUGGGCGAUAAAAUAAGGAUGGCAAAUCAAUUUUUAAGUUCUAAAAAUCAUUUAGCGAAUGCUCAAUUUUACUUAUUUGCUAGGUGUUGUCAUUUUUAGUCUCAAUAGCUUCUCUGUAAAAGUCUCACUGA